AUGGAGGCGAGCCUGGGGCAAAAAGCCAGUGUGCAGACUGAGGCCCCUUUGACCAGAAGUAAUGGUCAGUUGGCCCAGCCAAUCCGCCGGAACUCUCGGCUGCCCUUUCAAUGGAGAAUCACACACAGCUCCCGCUGGAUGGCCCAGGUCUUGGCCUCGGAGCUCAGCCUCGUGGCUUUCCUUUUGCUCCUAGCCAUCAUCUUCUCCAAGAGAUGGCUGAGCCCUUCCGGGAGCCGCUUCCACCAGCGCUGGCCCACGAAUGUCAGCCAUAGAAUCCACACUUCAAUCCACAUCAUGUCCAGGGGGCUUCUGCAGGCCUGCAAGCCCUGGAGCUGUUCCACCUCAGACCAUGAGAAAGAGAGUUCCAAGCUGUGGACAAGUCAGCCACUCUUUGUGGCUGCCAGAAUCAUCUUCAGCAUGGCCGUGGGGGUGGGCUUCCUCCUCACCAUCUGGUUGCACCUGCCCUACCUGCCCCGUCUCCACAAAGUGCCCGCCUUUGGCUUGAUUGGGAUCAUCUUGAGCUUCUGCGAAGUUGCCUUCCUUUUCUUCACCCUCCUGUUGUUCCCCAUCAACCUCUGGCUCUUCGAGUUGGACAAGAAUUUAUCCAUCCCCGUUGGCUGCAGCUAUCUCCUGGGUUGGCUGGUGUUCAUUCUGUACAUCACCUGUGCGGUACUUUGUUACUUCAACCAUAAGAGUUUCUGGAGAGUGAUUCGGAUCCACCCUACCACCACCGUGUCCUGCGGCAACGAUCCCAACUCCGUACAGGAAUCCCUGAGUGACUCGAACAUCUCAAACACCACUAACAACCACAAAAAAUUCCUGAAUUCUCAGUAAAGGAAUACACAUCUGGCAUGAAACUGCACCCCCUUAACCUGACUUCCUCUUCUUCCCAUCCACCCUGGGCCUUGUGGAGAUGGGCCUCCCCGGCAUGGGCUUCGGAAGGAGUGAGAAGAGGAGGACUGCGCCAACUUUGCCCUCCUCUUCCUUGUCCUAUCCUUGCCCACAGCCUGGGUGCUGUGGAAUAAAUUGUUCCUCUCCUUGCUCAUGUGUGGCCGUGGUGGAGAUGAACUGAACGGCAGCAGGAGAGACAUUUAGGGAGAAUGAACAAGUCCAUCUCCCAGUUCUUCCUGUCUAGGAGCUUCUGGCAUCCUCUUGAUCCCCAAUGUUCCCACUCUGCAUUGCAGCAGACCUGUCCCCAGGCAAACCUCUUUCUUGAGAGCUAAUCCUCUUGAUUCUUGGUUACCUUACACUCCCCACCCCCUAACCU